CCUGGCCAGGCAUCGAGAUCCGGGAUCAGCGGAGGAGUAGGGUGGGGGCGGGAGUGGGGGCCCAGAGGGUAGGUCCCCUCCUUCCCCAGCUCCCCACCCACUCGCCCACCCCAAGCUGGCUUUUAUCUGGUUAUUUAUGCUCUGGGAAAGCACGCUGGGCUCCUGGAAGAGUCUCCUAUUACCUGGACUGUGAGCAAAAGCUGCAACCCCGGAUCUGCGUCUGCCCCUGACUGCUUGGGGCCUCAGAGCAUCUGGGCCUCAGUGUCUGGGAAGAGGCCCUGCACUAGGCCAGCAGCCUGGACAGUCACCGAGGGAUGAGGGCGCCACAGCCUGGGGGAGCGCCCUCUCUGCUCUCGCGGCCCCGAGCGCGCAGCGCCCAGGAGCCGGACAGAGCCUGACGCCCGCGUCGUCUCCCCUCGCUCACGGGAUCCCGAGAGUGAUCCGACCGUCCACAUCCUUGCUGCAUGGAACGGCUGCAGAAGCAACCACUUACCUCCCCUGGGAGCGUCAGCUCCUCCCGAGACUCCAGUGUUCCCGGCUCUCCCUCCAGCAUCGUGGCCAAGAUGGACAAUCAAGUGCUGGGCUAUAAGGACUUGGCUGCCAUCCCCAAGGACAAGGCCAUCCUGGACAUCGAGAGGCCUGACCUCAUGAUCUAUGAGCCCCACUUUACCUAUUCUCUGCUGGAACACGUGGAGCUGCCCAGAAGCCGGGAGGUGUGGGCAGAGAGCCGGUCUCCUGGAACCCUCUCUCAGGCUUCAGCCCCCAGAACUGCUGGGACCCCCCGGACCAGCCUGCCCCAUUUCCACCAUCCUGAGACCACUCGCCCAGAUUCCAAUAUCUACAAGAAGCCCCCCAUCUACAAGCAGAGAGAGUCCACGGGAGGCAGCCCUCAGAGCAAGCACCCCAUUGAGGACCUCAUCAUCGAAUCCUCCAAGUUCCCUGCAGCCCAGCCUCCCGACCCCAACCAGCCAGCCAAGAUCGAAACGGACUACUGGCCGUGCCCCCCAUCACUGGCUGUUGUGGAGACAGAAUGGCGGAAGCGGAAGGCAUCGAGGAGGGGGGCCGAGGAGGAGGAGGAGGACGACGACGACGACUCUGGGGAGGAGAUGAAGGCACUCAGGGAGCGGCAGAGAGAAGAACUCAGUAAGGUUACUUCCAACUUGGGAAAGAUGAUCUUGAAAGAAGAGAUGGAAAAGUCAUUGCCUAUCCGGAGGAAAACCCGCUCUCUGCCCGACCGGACACCCUUCCAUACCUCCUUGCACGCAGGAACAUCUAAAUCUUCUUCCCUCCCCGCCUAUGGCAGGACCACCCUGAGCCGGCUCCAGUCUACAGACUUCACCCCAUCUGGGAGCGAGGCUGAAAGCCCAGGCCUGCAGAAUGGAGAGGGCCAGAGGGGGAGGAUGGACCGGGGGAACUCCCUGCCCUGUGUGCUGGAGCAGAAGAUCUAUCCUUAUGAAAUGCUGGUGGUGACCAAUAGGGGGCGAACCAAGUUGCCUCCAGGUGUGGAUCGGAUGAGGCUGGAGAGGCACCUAUCAGCGGAAGACUUCUCUAGGGUCUUCUCCAUGUCUCCUGAAGAGUUUGGCAAGCUGGCUCUGUGGAAGCGGAAUGAACUCAAGAAAAAGGCCUCUCUCUUCUGAUGGAUGGCCCCCACCCGCUCCAUGACUGACCCUCACCUCUGCUGCUUCAGGACCCUGGAGCUGGGGUCCCAAGACCCCAGAGCAUCAUCUCUUGGUGGGGGGAGGAGGGAGGUGGCGCAGGGCUGGGGUUGGCUCCAUCACCCAAGUUGAGGGGGAGCAAGACCUCUGCUGUAUUGGGGCUGUGGGGUGUGGACUUUCUUUCCCAUGAUGAGCUGGGACGGGCGAGGGGGGCCUCCUUCCCUCAUCCCUGGUCCUCACAGUACAGGGCAAGCCCAUUGUGGACCCCAGCACACACACAGUUAAUGUUUGCAUCCUCUCCCUGCCCCACCCCCACUUGAAUGUCCCCAGAAGAGAGUGAUGAGAAGUGAACACAGCACUUAGUGGUCAGGCCUGUCUGCUGGGUGGUGAGAUCUCUUGGGCCUGGUAGGAGGUCUCAUGAGGGUGGGGAGCAGCCAGGUAGGCAGAGAGCACCCCAGGACCCCGUGUGUACCCAAGCACUCCUCUGCAGCUCACGUGGGACAGGUUUCCCUGCACCUGGGCCUCCCGCCUCUCAGCUUUCAGCAGGGAGGCCACCUGGUCCUCCAGCUCGCGCCCUGCCCUGCCCUUGCGACCCCCAAGCUUCAAAGCCUCUUGCUCUAGCCCCGUGGCUUUCCCAGAAGCCUGGGCCUAGAGUGGAGAUGUCGCCUAUACAGACCCCCAGCCCACCAUCAGCCUGCAGGCGGGGUUGGCUAGAAUGCUGCCUUCUAGCAUCCAGGUCUUGGGCGGAACCCAUCUCCUUGGAUGGGAUCAGGAGCCAGGCUGAGAGUCCUGGCCACUGGUUCCGCCCAUGCCCUUGCACCCCCCAUCACGCUCUCUAAAGAAUGUAAUUUAUUGGGGCACCCCCAGCUGCUUUCCUCACCUUACUCUCCGCCCUACCCUAAUCACGCUCCCAGCUUUUCUUCUCUCCAAAUACACAUGUGUAUAUAAUUAUAUAUAUAUUUUUGCCCGGGUCUGGGUUUUGUUCCUGCCCAGACCCUGAGAUCCCUUUCUGCCGUGUGUGUGUGUGUGUGUGUGUGUGUGUGUGUGUGUGUGUGAUCAUGCUGGGGGAGGGGGACUCUGCUUGAAAUUAAAAGGUUGCAUUGGGGCCCCAAA